AUGAAAGGAUGGUUUUCGAAUAAAUUUGAGCGAGGAGAAAACGAUAACCACCAGACAGAAAGAGUCAUAUAUAGGGAUAAAUUGAUUCUUCAGUACACUAAUGAAGUUUUACAGUCAUAUAUCCCUAAUACUCCAAAAUCUAUUAAUAUUAAAGUUUUAUUACAAGUUUCAUCAAGAAUUAAUUAUAUCAUUGCAAAUGUAAAGACCGAAAAUAAACCAAAAAGCAAAGAAUUAGAUGUGAUUGUCGAUUUAAUUAAUCCUUUAUUCGAUUCUUUGCAGAUAUUACUUUCAAAAUCAAACGAAAUACAAAUCAUCUUAAAUUGCAUAUAUAAUAUCACGUUUAUGCUUGAAAUUCCUCCUGAAAUAAAUAAUGUCUCGAAUUCCAUCAGCGCUUUGAUUAUUUUAUACUCUAUUAAAUCCGAAAAUGCUGAGUUGAUCGAUCGUAUCCUAGUUUUAUACCUCAGAUCCCGUCAAUUUAUACAGGAAUUAGCAAAUGUCGAUUUUUUUAGUUUCAUAAUUUCCUCUCUAUUUACGAAAGACACGUACGUCAGCGGUUUGGUCUGGUUUAUUGGCCAAUUUUCGGUUUUUACCAGAAACAUCAACUUUUCGUACUCAGAAUUAGCUUCAAUUACGCUUAUCUUCAUCUCAUGCAUAUCACAAGGGGAAAUACCAUCGAAUAACAUUGGGUUUGCCAUCAAAUUCUUCGUUUCUUUCUCAAAAUUAUUUCGAGAUCCAGAUCCAAUUUCGUAUUUUUUGAAUAAUUCGGGAAUAACAAUACUUUCUAAGCACUGCAACAAAGAAAUGUUCUCAUUAUGCUUAGCAACUCUUGUUUAUAUGUCAGAUACAGAAAAAAAUCAAAUUUUAGACUUCAUCAAAGCAAAUUACAUGCAAAAUAAUGAUCGAAUGAUAUACGCUGAAGCCUUCAAAAUACUGUUUAUGAACGAAGACUCGAAUAUUUCAUACAUUGACAAAUAUUGGAAUAUUUUGGACAUUUUCUGUGUAGAUAUUGAUAAUUCUCAACUAGUCAAAUGUUUAGUAGACUGUCUCUUAUGGAUUUCAUACAGAAAAUACGAAAAAUGUCUUCAAUUUUCGAUAUUAUUUUUCAAAUUCAUUGAUAAAGAGUUUGUUGAGACAAAAACACAAACAUUGUUCUUUGAUUUAUUGAUUUUUUCAAUCGAUAGAAGUAAUUUUGAAUCGAUUUCAGACGAAAUUUUAAAUUUUCUUAAAGAAGCCCAAAAUUUUGACAAUCUUCUGCAGAUUCAAUCAUUCCAAGGCUUGAUAAAACACCUAUACUGCAUUGCGGACAAAACUCAAUUCAAAGUCCAAAUUAUUGUGAUUUUAUUUUUGAGAAAUGCCAGUUCAGAACUGAUUGGUAGGACAUUUGCACUUGAAAUAAGUAUAAAUACGAUGCAGGAAGUGAUGCAGAUCAUGCAGAAACGCUUUAAUGACAAAAUUGAAAUUUUAUAUUUUGCAUUUCAAGCGUCGCAAGAGUGCGCAUCCAUCUUCUGGAGGUAUGGUGGAUUUGCAUGGCUUGACGUCUUCCCAUCGAUUGAUCCCGAGCUGUAUUCGAAGCUUUUAAAGGUAUCAUUGAAUAAUCUUUCAGAAAAAGACGCGAAUAACUGGGUCCAGAGCAUCCCAUUGACUCACAAACUGCUCAAGAUGGACAGUUCCCUACUAAACGAGCUCUGUAUCACUGAAAAUCGAAUAAGAAUUCCAAGUUUACUUCCUUUUGCAAAAAGUGACAUUAAUUUUGCCAAUGCAGAUUUAUAUUUAGCAUCAGAGGAUGGUGUUACUUCAUUUAUCAAACUAGGAAUAUACGAAUCCCCUCUUUUAGACAAAAUGGCGAAUUUGAAUCUAAAUUACGGAAAUUUCGUAAAUCUUCUUGAAAAUCACAAAGAUUUGUCAAGGAUGAUCGACGAGAACAUAUCAUUCCCCAUGUUUGAGUUCAGAGGAGGCAUGAAAUCCUUCAUUUCCAUACAAAAAAAGUGUUUAGGAUUCUCGUUUUGGAUGAAAAGCGACAGGGAUAAGCUGUUUUGCGAAAUUUUCUCAAGUAAGUCAGUGAGGGGAGAACUUGUAUCAGGACUGUUCACAUUCUUCGUCAAUGAGGAAUCGUUUCACAUCCAAAUUGACAACAAAAAGUGGUUUUUAGUCACUUUUCAACUAAAUUUGACAGAGAAUUCUGCAAUUUUUGGAAUCAAUGAUUUGGUUCAGAUUGUCCACAUGAAAGGGCACAUUGACUGCUUGGAUGACUUAGUCAUUGGCUCGAAAGAGAGAGAAAACACCAAUUUUUGGUAUAUUUCAUCACAAAUUUCUCUUUUUUCAGAAAAUUUCGAUGUGAAAGAUGUCUUCAGAAGGGGAUUUAAUUACUUGGACGGUUCUAAAACAGAUUUCAUCACUCCAUUUGAUACUGAUCUUGUUUUAAAAGACGUUGUUCUGAUGAAAGGAACAGGAUUUCCUUGGUUUUUGUCCCAGCAAUGCAACAUCUAUAGAUUGUUCAAUUUGAUCAUGGAAAACAAAAACACUGAGAUGUAUUUCAACGCAAUGGUGAAGCUGUUCGUGACUUUCCAUGACUUGGACAUCGAAUUACUUCUGAUUCCAAUGAAAAAAUUUGAUUUUUCAGAAGAAAUUCUGUCAAAUCUUUUCGAAAAAGUCCUUCUUCUCAACAAAAUCAACGUAUUCCUAGAAGACAUAGAGAUUGUGCAGAAGUACGGUGUGACACUGUUCAGAGUUUUGUCGAAAUACACUGAUACACAAACUGUUUUCAAGUCAAUUCCUGUUUCAAUUCAAAUGUUUUCCGACAUCUACAUUGUAGAGGACAUUUGCGAAAUUGCGAGGAGAUCCAAAUCACUGGACCUGUACAAAACAAUUUUGUCUUACUUCAAAGUCUGCGAUGAUUCGACGAAAGUGAGAAUUUUAAGUGUUUUGGACCUGAAUUCUGUUUCAAAAAACGUUUUCACUCCUUUCGAAAUUUCGCUGCAGAUAAUGAAUUCAUCUGACAUCGUAAACCAGCGAUUGAUUAAUGUUUUAAUUGACUUCAACGCAAUGUUUGAUGACUACUUCGUCCACAACGACAUUGUAAGUUUCGCUUUGUUCAAGUCCUACAACGAAAUGACGACUUUCAAAUCUCUAGAGUGUUUGUUGAUGGGAAAGACAUUUGAAAACUGUGGCAAUUUGACGAAAAUAGAGAGACCUGAAACAGUUGCAUCAGUUAUUUCAUUUUUGUUCCAAUGUUUGACUGUUUUAGUUUCUUCUCCACCGAAAUCUCUCCAAAUUUUUGAGGAGAAAACCUUUAUUUUCAUAAGGAGAUUUACAAAACUUCCAAAAGCAGAAUUCGACUCCCUCUGCGACAUCAGAGUUUUGGAUUCGAUUGUCUUCUUUUCGCAGUUCGUUUUCGAUCCGAAAGCUGUUUUAAAAGUAUCGACUGCAUCUAUCACUGACGACAAAUCAAUUCUGAAAGAGAUUUCCGGUGUUUUCUACGUCGAUAUCAGUUAUGUAAACAAGUCAGGAAGAACUUCCUCAAUCAACUACGUGAGUUACGCUGAUUUACUGAUUGGUUUCAUGACGAAAAAUGGCUUGGAAGGUACUUUUUACGAACACAAGAAUGUUGAAUCGAUAAAUCUGUUCGCAAAAUCAUCCGAUUUGAUCAAUUUGUACUCGCAAAUCCUCGCCUCUUUCAUGGCUGAUGAAAAUGCUUUCAAAAAAUCUUUUAUUUCACUUUUGGCACAACACGGCAGUCGUCAAGAAAUUUUGGUCGGCGAUCUAGCGUUGAAUGUCAUUGUUGUGAUUUUGGCUCGCGUGGAAACAUACUCUGCUCCUUUGGGUGUUUUCGUCGAGUUGUUUGACUUCCUCGCUGUGGCAACUUACAACGGAUAUUUUACUGAUUUGUGUCUUUUGUUCAGUUCACUUUUGCCAAUUUUAGGAUCGUUGUAUCAAUCACCUCACCUCACUUUAUUAUCCAGUGAUGAGAGGACUUUAAAUUCACUUAGAUCCAUAUUGAUUCAUAUAUUUGAAGUUUCUUUAGACGAUGUUCCACAGUUGUUUGACAUUGUUAAUUCGAUUUCUCAUUUUCUUUUCAAAAAUUCUGGUUUGUUUGACUUCGAUUUCUCCUGCCAGUUCUUGUUUAAGCUUAUACAGCAUCCGAUGGUCAAAGAGUACUACAUCAAGCAGACAACGGAGCUGUCGAUCAAAUACUUGAUGAAUGAGGAAUUCAGACAGAUUUGGCAAACAAAAACUGACAUUCCGAUUGAAAAUUUCAUAUCAGGAAUCAAGUCGAACUUAAAAGGGAAGAUCACCAAGAACUUCACAGAUACAUUAGCUUUCCUUGCAGAGUACACAACGAGGAUUGAACCGUACACUCCUUGUUCGGCUGCACAUCAUUUGACUGAAGACCAAAUCACAACGAAUCUCUCUCUGUCCUACGUUUAUCUGAUGAAAUACAGGAAUUACACUGACAUGUACUUGAAGCAGAUAAUUAACUUGGCCAAGUCAAAUCUAUUGAGAAAAAUGGAGCAGCAAUCAUCAAAAAUUUGGCAUUUUCUCCACAAAUUUGAGUUACAAACGGAAAACUAUAACUAUUUCACUAUUUCUCCUUUAGUUUGGCCGAUUGAAACUCCUCACAUUUUAGUUCCUUCUGACUUAUCAUUGCCAUCAGGAGAAAACGACAUCGAAAAGUACAAAUUGGAUGUAGAGACAAAUGAAACAAAUUUAAUCAAAAAUUACCAAGAUUUGAGUAACUGUUUUUAUAUAGAAAUGAAAGGAAAAUUCGUAAACCCACUGAAUUACAGAUUUGCUGUCAUUCCAAAUGGUCAGUUUCUGUAUAACUCUUUUGCUGCAACUUAUUCAGAAAAGUAUGGAAAUGUGAGUUAUUCUUUUCCAUGCAAAUUGAGGAGAAUGCCUGAACAACAAAAUUCUGUAACUUUUGUAUUUGAAAACCACUUUUUGGUGCUGAUUAACUCCAAGAUUGUCGACAAUUUUGAUUUAGAAUUGACGAAAACAGAGGCACCAAUCAAUUUCAGGUCUCUUUCCAAUGACAUUUUACUUGGAUUUUAUGGGGAGUUCAGUUUGUUUUGCGGCCAUUUUGUUCUGAUUUUUCCGUUCAAGAAAAUCAUUUUCUCAAAGAUGCACAUGAAUCUCCACAAACUCACUGCCAUAGAGUUCAAACUAUACAACACAGGGACACUUAUUAUUUCUCCUGUCGACAACCAAAAGUUGCCUGAUUCAUUCGUGAAAGAAAUUUUAGUUUCCAAAAACAUAAAUUUCGGAACGAAAAAACUUUUCCAACUCAACUCUUCCUCAGCUUUAUCUCUCUGGCAGAGCGGAAUGCUCAGCACAUACGACUACCUCCUUGUGAUAAACUCGUUGGGAAGUCGCUCAUUCGCUGAUUUGACGCAGUACCCUGUUUUUCCUUGGAUCAUUUCCGAUUACGAUUCUGAUGAUUGUGGUCACUUCACUUCUCAUAGGAAAAUCAAUCUUCCGAUGGGCCAGCAGACAGAAGAAAGGAGCAAAAUGUUUGACUCCACAUUCAACGGCCAGUUCCUUUACGGUGCUCACUAUUCGAUGGGCGCGAGUGUUCAUUUCUUUCUUUUGCGGACUCCUCCAUUCACUUUCUACGACUGGGAUUUGCACACUGGAUACGACAACUUAUCCAGGAUAUUCUUUGACAUCAAGUACAGUUGGCAGAGUUCCAGCGAACUGAACACGAAUGACGUCAAAGAACUGAUUCCAGAGUUGUUUUCUCUUCCAGAAUUGUUUCUCAAUGUUUGCAAUUUGAACCUGAUUGAAGAAGUCAAAUUGCCGAAGUGGUGCAAGAGCGCCGUACACUUUAUAUUAGUCAACAGAGAAGAGCUGAAUGAAGCAAGCAUCGGACAGUGGAUUGACCUGAUUUUCGGUGUUUCGCAGCAAGGACAGUUGGCAACUCAGUCCAAAAACAUUUUUCUGCCUGAAAGUUACCACAGUUAUAUCGACACAAUAAGAGAGGAUGAUAUAGAUGAAAUAUCAACACUGGCACUGAGACUGGAGCACUGGGGACAAUGCCCAAUUCAACUGUUCAAGAAAAACCAUCAGGAAAGAAAUUUCAAUCCAAAGAAAGUUUCUCUAGAAUUUGAAAAAAUGACGAAUGAAUUUUCCAAUUUGAAUUAUUUGGUCAUUGACAGCUCCAAUUACAGUUUGUGUUACGGCAACUUUGUCUAUAGAAACACUUUGUUUUCUGGUGUUAAUUUCUACAAUUAUUCAUCUGAUGGAGCAUUGCUAGUUGUUGAUUUUAUUUAUGGAUUUUCUUCUGCGUAUUUACUCUGUUACUCCAAAGCAAACAAAAUGACGCAAAUUAUUCAACUUGGAGUUUUCAAUUCAAGUGACAUUUCGAAAUCAUUUCCAUGCAGUAGAUCAAUGAUGGUUUGCUCAGUCCGAAAGAAUUCCGUCGUUGUUUGGGACGCAAUCAGAGGAAGUUUCCACAGAGAAAUCAAAGUAAAUGAGAAAAUCGUUGGGAUCUCUUUGGACGAACAGUUGGAUUUGAUGUGGAUUACAACGAAUUCAUCAAUGAGAAUCUACACACUGAAUGGCAUAUUUGUCUGCCAAAAGAAAUUCGAUUCUUUCAUUGGAAGAAUCACGAAUGUUUCGUCUUACAACAUCGGACAGUGUUUCUUUAAUGUUGUUGUCUCUGAAAACACAAAAAUUUGUAUUUUCGAACUUGAUUCAAGAUCUCUUUCUUUGAAUUUGAAGACGCAGUUUAAGAUGGAUAAUCCUAUUUCAAGAAUCAUUGACGUAUUCGAGAAACAAGUUUUAAUUAUACAGGAUAUAACUGGAGAGAAAUUUGUUCUCAGACUCUCCAAUAAAGGAAAAGGAAAGAAUUAG